AUGUCUGAGGCACCGAAACAGAAACCCAAGACUUCGGCUUCCUGAAGGUUGUUCCUGAAGACUAAAAUACUAAAGAAAGCAAGUUCACUUCUCGCUGCUGAGAAGGAAGGGAAACAGAGUGAGAGAGAAAGAGUCCUGAGUGAGAGAAUUCCCCCUCUGCAACUCUCAGGAUUGUUGUUACAGGAGCUACAGGCACUAUGUAGAGAAAUCCUUCAAAAGACUGACAUGAUAGAUGAAGAGCGAUAUGACAUUUAAGUCAAAGUGGGCAAAAAUGACAAAGAGAUUGCAGAGCUGUCCCAUAAAAUCUCCAAACUCAAAGGGAAGAUGAAGAGACCUGCCCUGAAGAGGGUAAAGAUUUCAGCUGAUGCUAUGCUUGGUGCUCUUCUGGGAGCCAAAGUCAGGGAGUCUGUGGACUUUAAGGCCAACCUCAAAACAGUCAAGAAAGAGGAAGAAAAGAAAGAGGAGGUAACUGAUUGGCGUAAAAAUGUGGAGGCCAUGUCUGGUAUGGAGGGCAGAAAGAAACUGUUCGCCGCUUGACAAUAAAACCUGUACUGCUAUGUUUCAGCAUCGUAAUAAAUAAAAAGAGCAAAUCAACACUGAUGUUAAUCACUUCUGUGAUCAUUUAUUCACAUGGCUGUAUAAAUUGACUCGAUUGUCAAUAUUUAUAGUUAAAAUGUGAUCAUGUAAACA